GGCAACGGGCGGGAGUCCUCCCGCACGGCCUGCGGGUUCUGCGAGCGGUUGCGGCCCCCGGCCCGCAUGGAGCUGCUGGCCGCCGCCUUCAGCGCCGCCUGCGCCGUGGACCAUGAGGCCUCCACCGACCCCGGCCACCUGCCCGGCAGCAGCGAAUCCUCUUCUACUGCAGGAACCGUGGCUACCCCAGAGGAGUGUCCUGCUCUUAUGGAUAGUCCAACCACCCUCACCGAGGCUCUGCAAAUGAUCCACCCUAUUCCCGCUGACUCCUGGAAGAAUCUCAUUGAACAAAUAGGGCUCUUGUACCAGGAAUACCGAGAUAAGUCUACACUCCAAGAGAUUGAAACUAGGAGGUUACAGGAUGCUGAAAUACAAGCUGACUCUGAGUCCCCAUCCAGUGAGGAGACACCAACUGAAGAGGAAUCUAGAAAUUCAAGAGAAAGCAAGCCUCUGCCUCAAAUUUGCUUACUCAAUAAUGCCAACUCCAGGUUUAACCUAUGGCAGGAUCUUCCAGAGAUCAGGAGCAGUGGUGUCCUUGAAAUUCUUCAACCAGAUGAGAUCAAAUUGCAAGAGGCUAUGUUUGAACUGGUCACUUCAGAAGCCUCUUACUACAAAAGCCUAAGCCUGCUUGUGUCUCACUUCAUGGAAAAUGAGCGACUGAAGAAGAUUUUACACCCCUCUGAAUCUCACAUCCUCUUCUCUAAUGUCCUGGAUGUUAUGGCAGUCAGCGAAAGAUUCCUGUUGGAACUUGAGCACCGGAUGGAAGAGAACAUCGUGAUCUCAGAUGUGUGUGACAUUGUCUACCAGCAUGCAGCCAAUCACUUCUCUGUCUACAUAACCUAUGUCUCUAACCAGACUUACCAGGAGCGAACAUAUAAACAACUUCUCCAGGAGAAGGCAGCUUUCCGGGAGGUGAUCUCUCAGUUGGAACUGGAUCCCAAAUGUAAAGGCUUAUCCUUCUCCUCCUUUCUGAUUUUACCGUUUCAAAGGAUCACCCGCCUAAAGUUACUGGUGCAGAAUAUCCUCAAAAAGGUGGAAGAAAGAUCAGAGAGAGAAUGCACCGCACUUGAUGCUCACAAGGAAUUAGAAACGGUGGUGAAGGCAUGCAACGAGGGUGUUAGGAAGAUGAGUCGGACUGAACAGAUGAUUAGUAUUCAGAAGAAAAUGGAGUUUAAGAUCAAGUCUGUACCCAUCAUCUCUCACUCACGCUGGCUGCUAAAGCAGGGAGAACUGCAGCAGAUGGCCGGCCCUAAGACAUCACGUACCCUCCGCACGAAGAAACUCUUCAGAGAAAUCUAUUUGUUCUUGUUCAACGACCUUCUUGUAAUCUGUAGGCAAAUUCCCGGCGACAGGUACCAGGUAUUUGACUCAGCACCUCGUGGCCUCCUCAGAGUGGAGGAAUUGGAGGAUCAGGGACAGACUCUGGCUAAUGUCUUCAUCUUGAGACUCCUUGAAAAUGCAGAUGACCGGGAGGCCAGCUACAUGCUGAAGGCUUCAUCACAGAGCGAGAUGAAACGUUGGAUGACCUCCUUGGCCCCAAACCGAAGAACCAAGUUUGUUUCUUUCACAUCCAGAUUACUUGACUGUCCUCAGGUGCAGUGUGUCCAUCCAUAUGUGGCUCAACAACCUGAUGAGCUCUCCCUGGAUUUGGCAGACAUUCUGAACAUCCUAGACAAGACGGAUGAUGGCUGGAUUUUUGGGGAGCGUCUUCAUGACCAGGAACGAGGCUGGUUCCCCAGCUCCAUGGGGGAGGAGAUCAUGAACCCCAAGAUAAGGUCACAGAAUCUCAAGGAGUGUUUCAGAGUUCACAAGAUGGACGACAGCCAACGCAACCAAAACAAAGACCGAAAGAAGCUGGGCAGUAGGAACCGGCAAUGACCUCUAUCCGAUCCUGAGCCGUGACCUAUGACUUCUAGGGACGGACCGAGCGCGGAGACUAAGGGCUGGGAUGAAGGAGGUGGAGGAGUUGGUACUAAAUAGGACUGGUCUCUUGGCAUGUUUCUUGCACCCACCCCUAACCAAAGGGAAACUGCUCUGCUUAAUGUGUACAAAGGUCAACCCUUCCACUCUUCAUGCAGUGCUGCUGAUUCCCGGCUCUUUCCGUGGCAGAUACGAGGAAAGCAACAAGCAGAGUAUAUUGGAGUGCUGCAUCACUGCCCUCUCCCCAGCUCUGUCUUCAGUAAGUGUGAGAAACCUUUCGUUGCAUGGGCAUGAGGGUGCUCUGCUGCCCUGAAUAAUCUCCCUGAGAGAUGAGAAAACAAGCCCCCUGGAGCAGGUGGAACACACCUGCUGCUGAGAGCGUGACACAGCUAGAUGAUCCCGAGGGAUCAUGUCAUAAUAUUUUCUUCAGUAAAUACGGAGGAAUAGCAAAGUUGCACUAAAUUGUCCUGGCUACCCUAGAAACUGUUCGAAUGUUCCCUGCCCUCAAAUUUGAGAUCGCCGUUUCAAGUCCCCAGACUCAAAUGAUCAUUUGGUGAUGCAGGUUCUUAGUCACUGACUCAAAGAGGGUCCCUGCAAUAGAUCAGGAUCCUGCCCCUCACCCAUCCACCCUCUUUUUUCUCUCUUGGGAUUUUCCUCUUCCCUUUCCCUCCCCUCUGAGCCCAAAGGGCACUUCAGAAGCCCCCCGUGCAACUCUGACAGUCCCAACCAGCCCGGGAGAUCCUGACUCCCAUUCUCAGUGCAUGACGGGCUCCAGAGGGGGUCAAGGUACGGAGUCCACAUCACCGAAGAGUCCUGAGUGCGAAUUAUCAGGGUAGCAGAAACCCCAAUGAUGUCUAAGACCUACUUCCAGACACACUGACCACUACCAAAGCUAUUUAAUCAAGGCAUGCUUCGCAAUGAAUAUUGUACACCUGGAGAGAUGGCCAUGGCUCUCCACUAUUGCUCUUUCAGUUUUAAAGGGUAACUUCUCUAGUCCUUCUGUCAUGCACUAUCUUUUUCAGGCAAGGUUUAAAGCCCGACAUCUUCCCUAAUCUAGGCCCUGCCUUGAUUCCUGCCCUAAAAGGGAGGUUACGAAGCAUUAAUACAGGCUCAAAUGUGACGUUUACUCUCUACGCAUAAAUACCAGCCUAGAUCUCCAUGUUUAUGUUCACAGAUGUCCGGUGAACCUUCAGCAUAGCAUAUACUGUGUUACCAGUGGGCACUGGAACAGUCCAGCUACAGUGUUGGUCGCUGCCCUUCCUUGCCAUUGUGUAUUUUUUUAAAUCAGCUUGUUGGUUUCAUAAAAGAUAUUGCACAUGUGAGAAUGAUGGAAAACAAAUUAAGACUGUCGUCGUGUUGGGGGAAAUGUCCCAUGAACCCAGAGAAUCCAUCAUAAAACACGCAGUGACCGUAUUUUAAAUAGUUGUACUUAACCUAUAUUGUUAUGCUUUAUCUUUAGAUAACAUAAAACAGGCCCGUUUCAAGAAUAUAUUUUCUAAGCCGAAACUCGAACUUACCAGCAAUAUAUUUUUGGAAGCGCGGGGUGGAAUGAACGUAGACCGAGACCAAGGAGGUAGGCCAGGAGGUAAUGAGGUCUGUCACGCCCGGCCCUAGGAAGGAGGGAGGGAUGGUGUACAGUCACUUGGGAGGCAGGAAGCGCUAAUCGAAACCUGGGCUCUCAAAGCUCCUAUCACCUCUCCCCUGCCUGAGCUUUCUCCAUAAGCCAGCCGAGCAACUCUGUGCAUGAACUGCAUGCUUAUUAAUUAUGUAGGAAAAUGAGCAGGGACUCCAAAAAAGGCUAAGAAUCACAGGCCUCACAAUCCUUUAGCAUUUCUCUGCAUUUCAUGCAAGAAGAGAGCAAUCAAACUUCAGGGAAUUUAAAAAAAAAAAAAUGGUUGCUAGAGAACAAUCUUUCACAAAAGCCUCUCACCACAUGGAUAUUUGAGCUGCUAUUUUUAUAACUGUUAUAUAAGUUCUUCUCCCUCCCCCAAGCACUCAGUGUGUUCACUCUAAACAGGGUUGCCAAAUUUGGGGAUCUGUCCAUGUGUGUGAGACACAAAAUCAGGGAAGUAUUAGCCAGCUUUCCGACAUGACACUCUACAGCUGUGUCUUCCGGGCACUCUGAGCUAAUGCCACUGCUGGCUGAUCUUGGUUCCAAGCCUAGUCAACCCACGUUCGAACCCGUGCUCUGAUUCCGUCAUUGGCCAGCACUGGCUGAAGCUGAGGACUCAGGUAGACUCCCCAGCACUCAUUUAGCGGCGGAUCCCCGGGUUAAACACCCACCUGAACCAAAAACCCGAAGGCCAAAGGACACAUGGUGUUUUGGGGGCCGAAUCGAAGAGCUUGUUCAAAACAGUUGCUUAUCUUUUGUUUUUUUUUCCAGAUUCAACUGGCUCUGAGUAGUUAGCACUUAGAAAUCUGAGAUGUCACUUUGGGUACAUUUUAGGCUUUGAGCUGCACUGCACAACCUUUUCAGUUAUUUCUUUUGGACUGUCUUUUUUCUUUUGGUUAAACGCCUUUCCUCAUCUAGGUGUUAACUGCUGCGGUGUGUUGGUUUCAGGUAGUCUGAUGAUGUGUUCACACAGAUCUGUUGAAUAGAUGCCCUUCUAGACCUGUAUUGGGCUGCCUGACUGAUAUGGGGGAAGAAAAAAAAAACCCACCCUCUUUUGUUGUUGUUGUUCCUGUGAUGAAAAUAUAGCUGAAUGAAACUGUUUCAAAAGGCUGGAUAGA